CGGACGCAAGCGCGGCGCUCGAGAGACUUUCCGAGGUUUUCCUAAAUACAAACACUACGUGUUUCUGGUCGUGAAAGUAUCUUUUUCAGUUAGGCAGUACCUCUGCAGUGGCCCCACCCUUCUCCCCUCUCUUUCUUAGGCCUCGAAGAGAGCCUUUUCGAGUCGAGAAAACAAAAGCCACGACCAACACAGCUGAAAACCUAUUUAAGGACCGUUCCAAAAUCAAGGACUUAGAGACUCAAAGGCCCCUUUCGACCAAGUCAGUUAAAUACAGAGUUUUCAGAGUGUGUGUCUGUGUGUGCGUGCCAGUGUGUGUCUUUAGUGUGUGCCUUAAUCCAUUCAAUAUAAGUAAGCCCAAAUAAAAACAAAAUAUAUUAAACUCGCGAAAACGAAGGAAACAACUUUUGAAAGAGCCAUAAACAAAUCGCAGUCCGCGAAAUCCGUUCAAAGCUCGCGCCAAUAUUGCUCCAAUUUGAGAAACGGCUUAGCAACAAUUGCAUUGAACAAAAACUGAGUCUGAAUCUGAAACUGAAACUGAAAACAACAACAGUCCGUAAAUAUAGAAAGCUUAACAAUCAAAUCCAACAACAACGACAACGAGGGAUUAAAAGCCAGUAACAACUAUAAAUGUGGUGGGUGCAUUAUUGCCAUUAACCAAAUUCCGAGAGACACUGGCCAGAAUGAUCGCCGAGCAGCUGCUGGUCAAAAGCGGCCCCAUGAAUCACUGAGGAGACCCAGGACAGAGAUCCCCUCUAAGCACUGAGAACAAAAGAAGCACUAAAGCGCUUGAUUAACAGCUGGACAGGUGGAUUAAACCGAAAGCGGAAUGGCACACUUUUGCUGGCUCCUCAGAUUCGGUUUUCUGCUGCUGAUGCUGUCCGGCUGCCGGACACGCCCCGCCCCUCUACCUGGCGGCCGGCAGAGUGAGCUCAUCGCGGGCAACGAGUUCCUCAAGCUGUUCCUCGACCAUGAUGACCAGCAACGAAGUCUCCACAGCAGUGAACAGGAUUUCGAGGGCAGAGCGGAGUCGCCGUCCUCAUCCCCAAAACCUCGCCAGAGAACAGCGACUGGAAGAAGCUUGGAUAUCGGCAGAAAUCGGUACAGGAAUUCUCUGACUUCCGGAAACACUCCGGAUGUUGAGCAAUCCGACUCCAAGCAGGUGGCCAAACUGGUGACCUCAGGUAGUAAAAUAGUGUUCCUGGAAGAUGCUCCAAAUGCAGCCAAAGGCAAGUCCAGUGACGAGGUCAAGGUGGUGGCCGUGAGUGUCAGCUCCUCCAGCAAAAGAGGUCCCUCGAGGAGCAGUUCUUCUGGUACCACGGGAAGUGGAACAGAUUUCGUGAACCGAUCCCAUAAAAGUGAACUCUCCAUAGAGGAAACGGAGCCCAGAUUGGCAGGGGACUCCAUGGACAGCGAGGGCGAUUCCCUUAACAGUGCCUCCAACAUACAAAGUGUACUGGCUGCUCCUUUACUGGCAGCUUCCUCUACACAUUCCUUCCUGAAAAACCAAAGUGGGGCUGCCGAGGAAGAGACUGGAGUGGGAACAGCAGCCGGAGCGGGCUUACCCUUUCAGACAGUGAUUUAUCAUGACACCAAGCAGGGCAGAGGACCUCAGUCCAGGUCGAUAUCUUACAGUUCCAUCUCCCAAAACGUGGAUGAUUUGCAGACCUGGCAGCAGUCGAGAAGUGGAAUCCUAGCGGAGGCCCAGAGAAAUGUGAGCGAGAGCCUGAAACACGGCCACUCCUCGGAACCGGCCAAGUUUUACUCAGUUCCAUCGAAGAUGUACAGUGUGCCCAGUAAGUUCUACUCAGAACCAGCAAAGGUUUACUCGGAGCCAGCCAAGAUGUAUGGUCAGCCGGAGAAGGUGUACUCAGAGCCCUCGAAAGUUUACGGUCAACCCUCCAAGUUUUACUCGGAGCCAGCAAAAGUGUACUCGCAACCCUCGAAGGUUUAUGGGGAACCAGCCAAGACAUAUUGGCCACAAACACUGACCACGACGGCAGCAACACCAGUGGGGAGCACCACUUCCUCCUCCUCAACCACCAGCAGCACCACUGAGAAACCACCAUUGGCACCCACUACUUUUGUCCCACUAAGAUCCAGACCACGACCUGCGAUUGUCUCGCGCAUCGCUUUCGGCGAGGCGAAGAGCACAAGCACCACGACAGCAGCAACACCAGCGAGCACGGCAGCAACAUCAAGCAGCACGGCAGCAACAUUGGCCAGCAGGGUCACCACAGUGAAGCCUCCCGGUAGUAGUACUUCAGUCAGCAUUAGGCCAACCACUUGGCAGCAUCAUUAUCACAGCUACAACCACCAGCAGCAGCAACAACCGGCCCAUCCAACUCGCAGAGUUCUCUUCAAUUUGGAUAAAUUGCCUUAUGAUUUAUUGAAUGCUCCGCAGCCGCAUCCAUUGGAGCCAAUUUUAUCGAAGCACUCAAGUCCGAGCAACUACCACCAGCAACAUCAGCAGCAGCAGCAGCAGCAUCAGCAACACGAACCACAACAGCAACAUCGCAGUCCGUGCUGGGAGCAACAACGUCAGCAUUCAUCACCGCCGCAUCAACAUUCUAAUCAAAAUGCCAAAGGAUUGCCCAAUGGAGAUCUAGUCAAAUGUGUUUCCAAAUUUGCACACCAGCAUGGAGCAGCGGCAUCUGUGGUGGACCCAUCACCGCCAUCAUCUUCGGGGUCAGGCGGUGGCUAUUCGUACAGCUCCAGCUCCACCAGCUCCUCCUCCUCCUCCACCUCGUCCUCCACCACUGGGUCUGCGAAACAACAUCAGGCGCAUCUGCAGCACCAGCAAAUGCAACACUUUACCACCGAGCGCCCCGAGCUCUAUACUCCGACCUCAGAGCAGAAUUACGAAAUUGAAGAGUCCGUUAGUGUUAUGACAAACGGACGGGCCCAUGGACUGCAGGGCGGUGCAGGGAGUGCUGCCGGCGGUGGUGGUGCAGUGGGGCAGGCCACAACGCCAGCCGGUCCGGUCCAAUCGAGCACCACCGCCAGCAGUCGUGGCAUCAACAGGGGACGUGGCUCGGUGGUUUACAAUGCAAAUGCCAACGAUUAUUCGGAUGACGAUGGCGAUACGACGGGGGAUGGAGGAUCGGAGGGCCAGGGCCUCGAAACCGGCGAUGACGAAGACAAAGUCGCCUACGUGGUCGAGGGACGCAACUACCGAAAGUACCGGGUGGAGGAGAAGACCGACGACGGCUUCAUCGUCGGCGAGUACGGAGUGGUGGACCACAACGAUGGCAACUUGUGGGGAGUGCGUUACACCGCCGACUCCACCAUCAAUCGCAGUCUGAUACAGAAGGCGUUGCUCACGUUUCUCAAGCUCAAGUAGGGGCCAAAUGGUCAUCUUCCACUCGGGGAAACACUCGAAAUGAUGUGAAGAAAAUCGCCAGAGCGUAGGAAAGUCCUUGGAAAAUACAGGGAAAAGUUAGGAAAGAGUAAGGAACUUAGGUAGAUAUAUUCGUAUAGUUAUAUCGAAAUUUAACUACAGAAAAUAAUCAUUAAGUUUGAAAGUUUUUUCUACAAUUUUAUUAAAAUAUUUAAAAAUGUUUUUGAUAUUUUUUAUAAUAAGAUAAUGUAAUUUUCGAAACAAAGACUUAAAGUAGAGAAAAUAACUUUUUAACAAAGUUUACAUCAACCUAAAAUAUUGAGUAGAGAAUGAUUAUGUAUUGAUUAGAAAAAUAAUGAUCAAUAGGAAAAGGGAAAUCCACAUAAAGAUUUAAAAAUGUCUUAAAAAUGUUACGAUUUUCUCAGUUCAGAGCGAUGGUUUUUCCGAGUGUCAACAACAACAACAACAACAACAGCACCCCGCACUCACCCACUGAAGAGACAGCUGCAAAGGCAUUCACAUGUGAUCCAAGUCGUAUUGUAGUUAGCCUAGAUAACCUAAACCUAGAUAGAUAAACCUAGCUGUAGUAGAUGUACCCUAGUACGUAGCCACUAGUUGCGUUCCCACGAGAUCAGUGUGUGUUUAGUCAGUAAACGAAUUUUGUUUAAUGUUUAGUUAAUGUUUUAAUUAAUUUAUUGUAGUUGUUGGUAUUGUAAUUGUAAUCGUAGCCGUAACUCUAAUCCGAGCCUAAUUUAUUCAGCCGACCAGCACACUCGAAAUUCCGCAGAACUAGCAACUUGCCAUAAAAUCCGAGCACCAAGCAGCAUUAAGAACGAGCGAAAAACUAUCCUAAUUAGAGCAUUAAGUGACUUGUGUAGUAAAAUAAACUAAAUUACA